AUGCAUCGCCCCAACACCGUCUCCGCCACCACGGCGAUCCUCACACCGUGCGCGGUUUGCAAGACCCUCAGGCGCCGCUGCGCCGACAAAUGCGUGUUGGCGCCCUACUUCCCUCCCAAUGAGCCUCACAAAUUUGCCAUUGCUCACCGGAUUUUCGGAGCUAGCAAUAUUAUUAAACUUCUUCAGGAAAUUCCAGAAGAUCAAAGAGGAGAUGCUGUGACCAGUAUGGUCUAUGAAGCCAAGGCUAGGUUAAGGGACCCAAUCUAUGGGUGCGUCGGCACAAUUUGCCAUCUCCAGAAGCAGCUCGACGAGCUUCGGGUCGAGCUAGCUCAAGCACAAGCUGAAGUACUGAACAUGCAAUGCCAAAAUGCAAAUUUGGUGGAUCAAUUUUGCCAAAACAUGAAAAAUAAAGAAGUUCAUGAGAAUUCAUCACCCCUUGAUGAUGAAAUGCAAUACCAUGGGAAUCCUACAUUUUUCUUUGAUGAAGGAAUGAUGGGGAAUUCACCCCUUUGGACAUGA